AUGAAGUCAACGUUUUCCGAACACCUAAAAAUUCACGCGGACGAGCCGCCUUUUGGAUGCCCCGCGUGCGAGAGACGGUUCGCCCGUAAAGCGCAUCUCAUCAGGCACCAGGCCUCCCACGUGGCAAAGCCCUCCUUCCAGUGUUCCAAGUGCGAGAAAUGUUUUCUGCGCAACGCCGACUUCGUCAGACACGCGAAGACUCACUCAGGCGAGAAGCCCUUUUCGUGCGCCCAGUGCGGGAAGUGUUUUGGGGAGAAAGGCACCCUGGCGAAGCAUCAGCUCACCCACACCGGCGUCAAGCCGUUCAUCUGCAGUCACUGCGGGAAGAGUUUCGUGGGGAAAUCCUACUUUCUGAAACACCAGAGCAUGCACGCGGGCGAGCGCCCCUUUCCGUGCCCCGAGUGCAGCAAAUGUUUCGUCUCGAAAUCCCAACUGGGAGCCCACCAGAGGAUUCAUUCGGAGGUCAGGCCGUAUUCAUGCUCGGAGUGCGGGAAGGGCUUCAUGUUUAAGUGUAAUUUAGUUGUCCAUCUGCGAGGCCACACCGGCGACCUGCCUUACACCUGCUCCGAGUGCGGGAAGUGUUUUUCCAAGAAGGCGAUCCUGGACAGGCAUUUCAGAGGGCACACGGGAGAAAAGCCGCAUUCCUGUGCGGAGUGUGGGAAAAGAUACACGGAAAGAAGAAAGUUAGAACGACAUCAAGCGGAGCACUCUGGGAUCAAGCCUUUUCAAUGCUCGCAAUGUGAAAAGACCUUUCUCUUUAAGCCGGAUUUAACGGCGCACGAGAAGACGCACUCCAGCGAGCGUCCGUUCUCCUGCUCAGAGUGCGGGAAAAGAUACAGGAAGAAGUCCGACCUUAGAGCUCAUCUUCAGACCCACACCGGAGAGAAAGUGUUUGCGUGUUCCGAAUGCGGGGAUCCCUUUCCUCGGAAACGCAGUCUCCUCAGUCAUAUGAAGAGCCACGUCGGGGAGAAGCCUUUUCUGUGUUCGUCGUGUGGGAAAUGCUUUGUGGAGAAUUGGGACUUGAUCGCGCACCAGGAAACUCACUUUGCCGAACUGCCCUUCCCGUGCCCCGACUGCGGCAAGCGCUUCAAGAAGAAAUGGUUCCUCACCGAGCACCAACGGACUCACACGGGCGAAAAGCCCUUCGCGUGCUCGGAAUGCCACUAUCGUACUUCGUGGAAAUCCGACCUUCAGAAGCACCUCAGGACGCACACAGGGGUGCCGUACGUAUGUCAGGAGUGCGGGAAAAGCUUCUCCACGGAAUACUCUCACAGCGUACAUCGGAGGGAUUGCCAUAGUUGA